CCUCCCCACGAUGCCAAAACAAGAACUGUGUUCCCCUCUCCUCUGUCUCUUCCUCCUAUGCCUCUCUCUCACCACCACACUAGCUACCACUGCAACUUCCAAUGGCGAUCUUAAUAUUUCACAGCAAUUUAGAGAAGCCCCAGAAUUCUAUAAUUCCCCAGAAUGCCCUUCCAUCACCGACACCGACGACAGUGACGCCGAACAAGCCGCCACCACCACCACCGACAUGUGCUCCGAUGAUGCCAUCCAUGUGGCGAUGACCCUCGACACCGCCUACAUCCGCGGCUCCAUGGCGGCGAUCCUCUCUGUCCUACAACACUCCACUUGCCCUCAAAACAUCGUCUUCCACUUCGUCAUUUCCGCUUCUGCCAACGAGUCACAGCUACGCGCCACCAUCGCCGCCUCUUUCCCUUACCUCAAGUUCGAAGUCUACAGCUUCGACGACGCGGCGGUGGCUGGCUUAAUCUCCACCUCCAUUCGCUCCGCCCUUGACUGCCCUCUCAACUAUGCUCGAAGCUACUUAGCCAAUCUCUUGCCUCUUUGUGUUCGCAAAGUCGUGUACCUCGACUCCGACCUUGUUCUCGUCGACGACAUUGCCAAACUCGCCGGAAUCCCUCUCGGAGAUGACAAAGUUUUAGCUGCACCCGAGUACUGCAAUGCCAACUUCACCAUGUAUUUCACUCCAACAUUCUGGUCAAACCCAUCUCUAUCACUAACCUUCGUAAAUCGUAAAACCUGUUAUUUCAACACAGGUGUUAUGAUUAUCGAUCUCGAUCGAUGGAGAGAUGGUCAUUAUACAACCAAAAUCGAAGAAUGGAUGGAGCUGCAAAAGAGAAUGAGAAUAUAUGAACUGGGUUCAUUGCCACCAUUUUUGCUAGUUUUCGCCGGAAAAAUAGCUCCGGUGGAUCACAAGUGGAAUCAACAUGGUCUUGGUGGUGAUAAUUUCCGAGGUCUUUGCCGGGAUUUACAUCCGGGUCCGCUGCAAGUGUACAGACUUCAAAAAAAUGGUGAUGAUGAUGAAGCCGAAGGUCUGUGGAAGAGGAAGAUUCAGAAGGUAGGAGGAGAGGAAAUAGGAUUCUCAGACUCUUUUGACUUCUGCCUGCUUUAUGAGGAUUUGCUUGUGGAGAAUGUGAGACCCAGCGCUGAUGAUCUAACGGAGGAUUUGGCUUUAAUUGUAACUUCAUGUUGGAAGGAGGACCCAAAUACUAGGCCUAACUUCAGCCAAAUAAUACAAAUGCUGCUGCAUUAUCUUUCCAAGAUUUCGCCACCAGAACCUGUUAUCCCCCAGCGGAUUUACAUGUCUGAGAAUGCUGUCUUGCCACCAGAAUCUCCGGGCACAAGCUCCUUAAUACCAGUACGGGAUGACUCAGGGAGACCCCGAAAACCCCUAUUGAAUAUAAGUCAAAAGGUUUCUUCUUCUGCUUUAACCAAAGCAAAUAGGCAGAGGAAAAGGAGCGAUUAA